GAGCGCGGCGGCGGCGGCGCGGCGGGCGUAGGGUGGCGAGGUAUAAAACGCCAGCAAUGGUGUCGCCAUGAGCCAGAACAGCACGACCUCCUCCACCGGCUACACUUUUCUCACGACAGACAUACAAAAGGUGUGAGGAUGUCGAUCCGCGGCGCGCUCCUGCUCGCGCUCGGCCUGGCCGUGGUGGUGGCCCACGCUUCAGCCAUGACCUGCAACUGCGCACGCUGUGCCGGCGCCGUGACCCCCGCCUUCCAGGGUGGCGACUCGGCUGAGCAGCAGACCGCCGUGGCUCCCCGCUCCUCCCCCGCCGUGCAGUGGAUCGGCGGCUCCUUCGUCUGGCCCUGCGUCUCCACCAAGAACAUCUACAAGCAGUCCAAGCGCUACGUGCCCAAGUCUGUGAUCGCCACCCGCGUCCAGAUCUACGGCACUGACGCCUUCCUGGCGCUGCCCCGCUUCAAGCCCGGCGUCCCCGCCACCCUCGUCAAGGUCAGCCUGAAGCACCGCGGCUGCCAGGCCGAGCUCACCCCCUUCCCCUGCUGGGCCGUGCAGGAGGAGGGCAACUGCGACCAGCUGCAGUCCGUCGUCGACAUCUUCCUGGACUCCGCCAACAUCCUGUGGGCUCUGGACGCCGGUAUCGUCAACACCCUGGAGCAGCCCGUGCGCCGCUGCAGCCCCAAGGUCAUGGCCUUCGACGUCAAGACCGGCAAACUCGUCAAGUCCGUUGACCUGUCCUCCCUGACCUGCGCCGCCAGCCGCCUGCAGUACCUGGUUGUCGACUACGCCAAGGACGGCCGCAUCUUCCUGUACAUCUCCGACGCCGCCACCCGCUCCAUCAUCGUCUACGACGUGACCUCCGGCCGCGGCUACCGCCUGGUGCUCCCCAAGGCCGUGACCCUGGGCUGCGGCAAGACCGACGUCCUCUACCUGGCCCUGUCCCGCACCGAGUGCGGCAACAACGUGCUGUUCUUCACCUACCUGUCCAGCCAGCGUCUGUUCUCCAUCAAGACCGCCUACCUGCAGUCCGGCAGCACCGCCGGCCGCGUGCACGACCACGGCGUCAAGAGCAGCAAGCUGGUGCUCCUGGGUACCGACGGCGGCCGCCACCUGUUCUUCCGUUACGAGGGCUCCAGCGAGAUCCUGCGUUGGGACACCAACACCUGCUUCAAGAGCGACAACUUCCAGGUCGUGUACACCAGCCCCAACUGCCUGCUCGCCACCCAGGUCGCCGCCGACUACAAGAUCCAGCGCAUCCGCAUCCUGGAGAGCAACUUCCCCGACUACAUCCUCGGCCAGGUCGGCUGCGGUGCCUACCAGGUCAUCAACGUGAUCGACUGCCAAUAAGGUGCUCGACGAUGAUGAGCCUUGCAGUGUGCACGGCGGGUUCGCCGCGAUAAGACUGAACUACAUCAGCCCCCACCUCCUGCGGCGGGCCGGACCCAGGCGACAUGGGUCCCUUGUUAAGUUUGUUGUAAUGUGUGCGUGUGUGUGUGAUUGUGUGUGUGAAUGUGUCACGGUCUGUGACAAAAACCUGAGCUGUGUAAGUGUGAAUGAAAUAAAUGACUGAUACAUAAGCUCCUA